CCCCCCCCCAACAACCCCCCCCCCCCCUACGGCUGGAAGCUCAAGACGAUGUGCCGCUCGACCCCGGGGGACUCUUCUACGCCCGAGGGGUGUUUCAACUCGACGCUACGCCGAGCGACCAGCUAGCCGACCCGGUCCGAGCCAACAAGUCGACGUGGAGGACGAACUCAAGACAUUUUUUAUUUGUCUUCUUCUUUUUUUUUUUCCGGGGUGGAAGAUUAUUGACGUUCUCCAAGCUGUGAUUUCACACGGAUUACUUUUUUGUGUGUGUGUGUGUGUGUGUGUGUGUGUGUCUCUCUCUCUCUCUCUCUCCGUGUGUGUUUGCCUCACUCACAACCUCGUCCAAGGUUACGAAUUAAUUAAGUUAAUUAUGUUUAUUUGCGGCCAGAAAGUAAUUCACAGCGUUUACAACUUCCUUUCCUGGUUCGAGUGCUGCGACGGGAACGUUAGCUAACACAGACUAGCCCGGAUUAGUGUGGUUGUGUUCACUUAGCUACGUGGAAAGUCGGAAUUAACUGUUGCCAAACGUGUUUGUUUUUUUUACUACAAAGAAUAUUUGCAAAUCAGCUGUUGAUUGUGGGUUUCAUAGUUAAACCAACCUGCAUAUAUAUAAAUAUAUACACAACCCCCCCCCCCCCCCCCCCACCAGUGUUCUGACAUUACUGCUGCACAGGUUUUCUCCUCGCACCUGAACACAACAGCGGGGUGUCUGAUAGCAGCCCCCCCCCCCUCUUUUUUUUACCUCCACUUGACAGUGAAGUCACGUUGAGUUGAUCCGAUUGAUCGGAUCGUUUGUUGUGCUAUUCCAGCUGAUUGUGUGGAGGGAAUAUAUAUAUAUAUAUUUAUAUAUUAUAUAUAUAUAUAAAUAAGUAAAAACGGAGAUGUCGGGACAGUCCAUCACGGAUCGGAUCGCGGCGGCGCAGCACAGCAUGACCGGGUCGGCCAUCAGCAAGGCGGUGUGCAAAGCCACCACACAUGAAGUCAGCGGACCCAAGAAGAAACACCUGGACUAUCUGAUCCACUGCACCAACGAGAUGAACGUGAGCAUCCCCCAGCUGGCCGACACGCUGUUUGAGCGCACGGCGAACUCCAGCUGGGUGGUGGUCUUCAAAGCCCUCAUCACCAGCCACCACCUCAUGAUGUACGGCAACGAGCGUCUCAUCCAGUACCUGGCCUCCAGAAACACUCUGUUUAACCUCAACAACUUCCUGGAUAAGGGAGCGCUGCAAGGUUACGACAUGUCGACCUUCAUCAGACGAUACAGCCGCUAUCUGAACGAGAAGGCCAUGUCCUACAGGCUGGUGGCGGUGGAUUUCACCAAGAUGAAGAGGGGGAUCGAUGGCGUGAUGCGCUCCAUGAACACGGAGAAGCUCAUCAAGACUCUGCCCAUCAUUCAGAACCAGCUGGACGCGCUGCUGGAUUUCCAGGCUAACCCUAAUGAGCUGACCAACGGAGUGAUAAACUCGGCCUUCAUGCUGCUCUUCAAAGACUCCAUAAGGUUGUUUGCUGCUUACAAUGAAGGAGUCAUCAACCUAUUGGAGAAAUACUUCGACAUGAAGAAGACCCAGUGCAAGGACGCUCUGGACAUCUACAAGAAAUUUCUUUACAGGAUGACGAAGCUGUCAGAGUUCCUCAAAGUGGCGGAGCAAGUUGGAAUAGAUCAGGGUGACAUCCCAGAUCUCUCACAGGCCCCCAGCAGCCUCCUGGAGGCGUUGGAGCAGCACCUGGCCUCUCUGGAGGGCAAGAAGACCAAGGAGCUGAACGCAGACACCAGAGCGUCCACCUUGUCCAGCGCCGUCUCGACUCUGUCCACCACCGGCAUGUCCUUCAGCCGCAUGGACGAGAAGGAGAAGCAGCAGGCCCUGGAGGAGGAGCAGGCCCGGCUGCAGGCUCUGAAGGACCUGCGCCUGAAGGAGAUGGGCAUGCAGACUCCUCCCUCUGCCUCCCCCAGCAGCCAGUCGAUAGGCGGCGCCGUCAACAACAACAACCACAUCACACAAAGCCCAGAGAUGUUCACCUCCACGCUGUCUGCCAACAGCGUGCCCAAUCUGAACAGCGACCUGUUUGAUCUUCAGCCGGCCUUCAUCCCCGCUGUGCAGAGCAAUCCUUCAAUCUCCACCGCCAACAGUGCCUGGGGAGGAUUGGAGAACCGGCCUCAGCAGCAGACCAUGGCUGCAGAUUUCGAUGCCGUGUUCGGGAAUAAGGCCGCCGCGCCAAGUAACAACGGCCCACAACCUGCAGCCGGUUUCGAUGCUCUCGGAGACCUGCUGAAGCCCACGAUGCCCGCGCACGCCGCUCCUCUCCCUCCCCCUCAAAUGGCCAUCCAUCACGGAGGGAAGCUGCUAGCCAACGACCUCGACUCCUCUCUGGCAAACCUCGUGGGCAAUCUGCAGUUUGGCGGCGCCCCAGCCAAGAACUCGUCCCUCUUCAGGCCAGAGAUGCAGUGGAACCAGCAGGGCGAGAAGAAGCUGACGGGGGGCCACAACUGGCAGAACAAGACCAUGUCGACCACUCAGUGGGGCCCGGCGCCCAUGGCCCCGCAGCCCAUGCCUGUACAACACGUGGCUCCAGCUCCUUUGGCUUUCCCCAUGACCCCACCGCAAGUGCCUGUGUACGGAAUGGUGCCCCCCCAGAUGGGUCAGAUGGGCGGGGUCCCCGUGAUGGCUGCUCAGCCCAUGAUGUACAACCAGCCGGUCCUCAGACCCACCAACCCCUUCGCCCCGAUGCCCGGAGCCCAGGUCAGCUAUCCUGUACUCGUGCAUUCGUACGCACAGAACGACACCUUUGCCACUGAAAAGAUGCAGUUCAUGUAAACCAGUCAGGAGGAAGCAGAGUGCCAAAAGCGACAAACAAACAAACAAACAAACAAACAAACAAAUAGCAGAAGAAAACACACGAGAGGAGCGGACGGAGGAAUUAUGUAAAACGACUCGGAGACGGACGGCAAGAAACCAACUGACACCAAAACAAACAAACUGGUUGAAAGGAGGAGGAGGAGCAGAGGAUGGAGGGAUGGAGGGAUGGAGGAUGUCAUCCUGGCUGGUCGUUGUCUGAAACAACUCCUUGUGUGUGUGUGUGUGUGUGUGUGUGUGUGUGUGUGUGUGUAGCUUCUUUCUGUUACACAGUCUAAUUUGUGUUUUAAACCAUAUCGAUGGAGUGACUCUUCAGGGGAGGGAAUAAGGAUGAGCGAAGAGGAGGAGGAGGAGGAGGAGAGAGAACGAUGGGAGGAGGAGGAGGAGGAGGAGGAGGAGUUCCUCCCUCUGGUUUUCAGUCAAACCCGUCUGGCUGUCUGAGUCUCUGCUGCAGAAUUAGCUUUAUUUCAUACUGGUGCUAUUUUUGUCCUCUCCGGGUUACCGUCCGCCUGCAACGGCAACUAGGGAGCACUCGGGAGGGGAGAAGUGUGUGUGUGUGUGUGUGUGUGCGCGGCAGUUGUUUCAGACGACACCUUUACGACCUCCUCCAUCCCCCUUCGUUCACAACACGUACCCAUCAGAGAGAUUUCCAGGCGAAUCUUCUUUCCCGUAGUUUUCCGCUCCGUCGAGGAUUUCUUUUGUAUUCGUUCCACCGGUUGUCUCCUGAAUGUCAUCGGGGGGGGGGGGGG